GACCAAGAUGCAGAUGAUGAAGCAUACGCAAAGGAUUUUCGCCAAGUAUUGUCGAAGAGCGUCUUCAACCAUCGCCUCUUCCCCCAUGUCCCGGAGCGUCAGGGAUUCGUGGAAGGAGCAGAGUGGCUUGGGUUUGGCAUGAGCUUGAAAAAUCUUUACCAUCUAAGAGAGCAUUGGCACAAAGUAGACAGAAUGUCGGAGGAGAGCAUGAAGCGUUCAAAAGAGCUGGUUUCUGAAAGUGCACAGUUGAACUGGGUAAGGAAAGCUUGA